AUGGAUACAGAUUCUAAAAGAAGGCAAGUCAAUUUAGACCAGCUAACAUCUCUGUUAGACUUCCUUAAAGAACACCAGGAGCUGGCAAAAGGACUUACCAGAGGACGCCGAGGUAAAUUCCAUACAUUAAAAAUUUGGAACCUCUGCGCUAAGAAAAUGAAUGCUGUGAAGGAUGGAGCUAUUAAAGAUGGGAAGGGUUGGUCUAAGUAUUGGUGUGAUUGGAAGUAUCGUGUCCGGAGACGUGCCUUAGAGUUAAAAGCAGCUAAAGACAACAAUAGACCACCACCCGAUGGAGUUAUUCCCUUGUCUCCAAUGGAAGAAACCAUAUUAAGUAUUAUCGGUGAAAAUGCAGUUGACAGUGUAGUGAUCAAGAGUGAUCCACUGGCAGAUGGGGAUUCUGAAGAAGAGGAAGAAGACAAUAAUGGCCAUCAUGAUGAUGUAUCUAUUAAUCAGUAUUACAGUGCACCCUCUCGUCCCAGUAGACAUAAAAGGCGUCAUUCAAAAGAUCACAUGGUAGACCUGGACGAUCACGGUGGACCUAGUACCCCACUUGAGAAGAAGCAUAAAACAGCUGAUAAAAAUGGUCAAUUUGACGACUCAGAUCACGAUGAUGAAGCGUCAGAGUUUCUGCGUCUGGAAAGAGAAAAGUUAGAAAAUAGUAAACGUAUGGUGGAUUCGUUGCAAACAAUACGUUCAGAGAUCACAAGGCUUGCAGACGUGAUGGGCCAUAUCAGAGAUAUUUUAGCUAAUAAUAGAAUAAAUAUAUAG